CACAGCUGUGUGAAUAGUAAGCCUCCACAUACAUAGCUUGUAUUGUAAAUAUUUCAGAUAUGUAUUUAAGUCACACAGUACUAGGAUUUUGUCUUGGAAACCUUACUCCUCUUUCAGAAAAGUAUGGCACUGCUUGUGAAACUAGGGCUCAGUCCCAUGAGCUAUGCGUUGGAAUCCAUGUAAUUAUAAACCCUCCACAAGUGUGUAGUUUGAGAGUGAUUCCCACAAGAGGGCAGUGAAUUUCUCUAAGUACUGAAUUUUCUUAGUUAUUCUGGUGUCAUCUAUACUGAUAUAGAAAGGCCAAAGCUUUUGUGUCAUUUCAUGAUGUUUGUAGAAAUGGCACAAAGUAUUUCAUUUCUUCAUAGUUAAUGAUUACAGGUACAUUCUUAAGUGAAAAAUUCAUGAAACUAAAAGUGCACAACUGUUUAAUCAGGAAUGAUAUUAGUGGUUCAUCAUCUAACUGGGGAGAAUAUUAAUAGCCCAGGAGAUAGCACCUGUGCAGCCCUCAUUAUGGUAAUUUUCCUGCCGAGUAUUGAUCCCUGGCAACAUUUUCACCCAAUACGAGGAUGUACUAGGAAGUGAUCAGCAGUGAAUGACACAUCCUUAUUCCUUUUCAUGAGAUUGAGUGUUGCUUUUAGGUGCUUGGAUUUUACACUUUAUUUGUGUGACUAGUUUGGCCAAGAGGAGAGUAUCACUGAUGCGGAAUUUUUUAAUGACCUUAAUUUGUAUGCAUUUAUAGAUGCAGAGUGAGUUUAAGACUGUGAGUGUAGUGCAAAAUAUGCCAGAUGUUUAUAUGAUUUGGUGAAAUGGGGAACAUUAUAAAAACUAUUAAAUGAAAGAAAAAAAAGAAACAAACUGUAAAAACUUUAUUGUGGCUGGAUUAAUCUACCGUGGAAAAGAUGUUGAAGUUUACAACUGAUCUUGUGAGAGGUGUCCAAAGGAAGAUUAGCAAGAGAAGGCUCAAGAAUGAGAUGGAACCAUUAGCAGCUGAGAAUGAAGACACGGCUAGUCAAAAAGGAUACGGGGCUUGCAAUGAUGUCAUCAGCCACAUGCCGGAAGAACAAGAGGAAGAGGAAAAUGAAAGGCCAACCAAGAAGAGUGUCCAGAAUACAGACCUGGAUUCCAUAGAAGGCAUGAAGUCUUCACAAACUACAGUCAAUGGGAUGAAUGGAGAAACACAGAAGCCCAAGCUCUCACGACCAACUGAACUGAAUGUGUCCAGAGAUGAUACCGAUUAUAGUAUUAAUGCAAUUCAUCGCCCAAAAACAACAUAUAUCAAAAGAGAAAGGAAACAGGUUCCACCCUUAGUGAUAACAACUAAUUCCCAGAGUCCAGUACUAGGUUCUCCAGAUUCUGAUGGUGAUAUUCUGGGCUUCAUCGACCAUACACCUGAUCCUUUUGCAGAUUCUACAGACCAUGCAACAACACACACAUACUCAAAAGUCUUCCACAUCACAAAAUACUCCGAGCUCAUGCCUGGGGUCUUCAUUCCGGAGCAGCCAGUGCAUUUGAACAUCAGUAAUGUCCAACCCUCACACUCCCAUAUCAACGUCUUCAAUAAUCAUGUUUUAGUUAUAGAGUUGGAACAUGGAGAUUUUAAGUGGUCUGUUCAGAGGAAGGUGAAGAAUGUCACAUCACUCAAUAACAUGCUCUUCCUUCUAAGAACGAAGCUAAAACUACCAGCUGCAACAAGAGAAGCAAGGCAGCGGAGAUUGAGUAUGCGCGUACAGAUGAAGGAGGCAGAUAGAGAGGGUGAUGCUGUUGAGAGUGUUGGUACAAUCAACAGAAAGAGAUUACUCAAGUAUCCCCGACGGGCCCUUCAAACCAUGGACAGCACUGCGCAGUCAGAGUUGGAAGUGUACCUCAAGAAUCUGAUGCACCACUCAUUGUUCCGCAGCCACCAAGCAGUCCUUGAAUUUUUUGAGAUAUCCCCAGUGUCCUUCAUUAGUGAACUUGGCCAGAAGAUCAAGGAAGGAUAUGUUAAGAAGAGAAUUGGGGGCUAUAAUGGAGGAUGCUGUAGAUG